AAUUUGAUAACAGUGAAUAGUAAAAAGUCAAAUUAACUAAAUCUAUUUUAUUGUUUAUUUUAUUAACGUUAUUAUUUAUUUAAUACUUUUGUAUCUCUUGCACUGAUUCAAUUUUUUAGUUUAGUUUUAAUUGCAUUUCAAAUUGUUCUAUAUUAAACGAUUGAAUCUUUGUUCGGCAAUAGUUAUGAUGAGUUUUGAUUGACUAUAUUAAACUAUGAAUAAGUACAGUUUCCAGAGACCUGAAAUGGAGAUGCCUUUGCAAAAUUCACACUAUAACCCUUCUAGGGAAACUCUUGGACGCUAUUCUGAGUAUUCAUUACAUUCUAGUUACAAGAUACGAGCUGGUGAUGCAGCAUCUACCAAUUCAGUGGCAUGUACAACACGAAUACCAUAUGCUACUUUAAUAGCUGCUCUUUUAUGUUGUACUGGAAUUGGAAUAUUUUGUUGUACAAUGUAUCGUGGUGUAACACUCAGUGCAUUAGUGUUAGAUCAAGUGUUUCAUCUCUAUAUUGGCUGGCUUGAAACUGUAAAGACCGUUUUAGUUUUGAUAGCUGCAGGAAUGGGAGCUAUAACAUUAAUGAUUAUAUUUGUCGGAUUUCUGGCUACAGGAGCAACACGUCGUCGUGUUUAUAAGGCAUGGAGAAAUAGAGUUGGUGGUCGUAUAUCUUGUGCGGUUUUUAUGGGUAUUAUUUACAUACUCCAAUUUUUUUGGAUUUUUGUAUUUGGUUUACUGAUUGUUUCAACAUUUAUAUUAACCGUAUUUUGGAAAAUGUGUGUUAGCACCCAAGUUCAAGAUUAUCAUCAAUGCAUUGACUUAACACAAUUUAUUUUUCUAUUUCCACAAUCAACUCGUGUUGAAUAUUUAAAGAUAUGUGAAGCUCGAGAAAUAAAGUUCUUUUGCAGAGAUUUUGUUGAAAAAUCAGAAUUCAUGUUUAUGAUGGCUACUUUUGGUGUAAUUUUGAUACUAAUAAGUCUGGUUCAUUAUUUGAUGUGUUUAUCUGCUAAUUAUGCUCAUAUUAGAGAUCAUGAAAAGUUUGAAGAACUUCAAGAACUGCAACUUUUGCAAGACACUGAUUUUGCCACUUCAAAAGAAAGAUUUUAG